AUGCGCGUUCCAGCCGAGCCAUUCCGCUCGCAUGCUUUGCUCGCCCCCUUAAGCACGCCACCCUUUAAGCCUUGAUUGAAACCUAACCGCCACCGGGGGACUCGACCACCGCCGUCACCACCACCACGUACGGGGCCAGGGCAGGCAUUCAGAGCCGGGAUGGCGUCCGCGUCGCCGUCGUGGGUCAUCCUGGGCCGCGUGGCCAAGGUGUCGGCCGCCGACGCCGAUCUUCCUCCGGGCGCCGACCUCUCCCUCGCGCUGCCGGCGCCGCCGCGCGUCGCGCUCCUCACCAUCCCCCCGCGCAUCUUCCCGGGCCAAACUACCUCUGACAACUUCCCCUCCGUCCUCGCCGUCGACCGCUCCGGCCUCCUCCUCCUCCACGCCUCCCAGGGCCCCGCCGCGGGCCCCGCCAUCGUCGACCUCCCCAGCCGCCAGGAGGUCUGCUGGCGCCCAUUCGUCGCGGGCUACUUCGUCCUCGACUCCAAAUCCGCCUCGGCCUUCCCGCUCCCCAACCCCGAGCGCAUCAUGAACCCGGGCCGCCUCGGCCUCAUCGCCUCCCCCGAGGGCGCAGGCCGCUACAUGGCCGCUGAGCUCCAGCCGAUCGCCGGCGGCGAGCAAGCCGACCUCCUCUGCUUCUCGUCGCAAUCCGGGCAGUGGGACCGGAAGACCGUCCCCUACCCGCUCCCGUCCCGGCCGUUGACCCCCAACGGCGUGGUCUCGCACUCCGGGAGGCUCUGGUGGGUCGACCUCUCCUGGGGCCUCAUCACCUGCAACCCCUUCGCGGACGCGCCUGUGCUGAGCUUCGUCCCACUCCCGCCGCGCAAGGCGCUCAAGUACAUGGAAGAUUGUGCAGUGCUCGACAAGUACCGCCGCGUGGCUGUCAGCCGCGGCAAGCUGCGGUUCGUGGACAUGUACAAGAACCGUAGCAGCUUCGGCUCUGCACAGAUCAGCGUGUGGACGCUCGCCGAUCCGGACUCCACCGAGUGGACGCUGCAGUAUGAAGCGACCUUUUCGGAGAUCUUUAAUGAUGCGAGCUUCAAGGCGACUCGUCUGACAAGGCAGCUCCCGGUGCUCGCGCUCAUCCAUCCCAGGGACCCCGACGUGGUCUACUUCUUCCUGGACAGGCACCUGUUCAGCGUCGACGUGCCUGACCGCAGGGUCGUGCAGUGCGAGCUCUACGAGCUGGUCGAGGAGCUAUCCAGCGAACGCAUCGCCACCCGUUUCGUUCACGCUUGGAGGCUGCCACCGGCUCUCCGCUCAGCUGCGGAUGCCGUUGCGGACAAGCUAAACGCAGGAGGAAAUCAAGAAAUCAUUGAUGCCGCUGCAGUCUCAACUUGCCAAACUGAAGUUGAAGUCGGUGGCGGCGACACGCCCGAGUCCAAGCGGCGUAGGCUAGAGUGACCUGAGCUUGUUGAGAUCUGUUCUUGUAGUCUCUCUGUUUCAAUCUUGCAGGCAUCAUCUUCCCAGAAAAAAAUUCUUGUAGGCUUUGCUAGAGAGCUCGUAACCCCAGCAUGUUAUCGGAUACCACCUUUUGUAUCCCUGAUUUGUUGAUCUUUUUUAGACCGGGCAUCAGCAGAGAUGUCUUUGUUAGCUUGGACAAGCUGAAUAGCAUCCGUUUCCACCAUGAUCUUACUCGUCCCAAGUUCUUGGGCUUUGUAUAACUCUUUCACGCAAGCUUUUUGUUUUACCCCGUGACCGUAGAGCAAUAGUUGUACGGUAUAUUUUCAUUAAUAAAAAAGUAUGUACAUGAAAGAAAAAGAAAAAAAAUGUAACAAACGUAUCAAUCAGCCUAUGCCUGUUUUGUGAAACAUCUCGAAAGAAUUAGUUCAAAAACCGUUCAGUCCAGGUCUUGAUUUUCUGUGCCUUGAGUGGCUUAGCUCUGUAUUCCACUGCUUGCAUUCCCUCCUUUAGAUAAAAGAUCCAUCCAUUGAGGUGCACUGGUGCUUGUCGAAAGAUUUUAUCGUUCCUAACAGACCAUAUACUCCAGCAGCUCAUAACGAUGAUUUUCACGCAAGCUUCACCAUCACAAGUUCACAGUGCAAGGCAUCCUGAGCAUGCUCCAGUCGUCCCGCCAUGACGAUAGCCACAUCUCCAUCGGAGUUGCGAAUUAGAGUAAAUUGCACAAAACCAUCACUUUGAAGGCAAGGUUUGCGAAAACCACUACAAUACAUUUUUUUGCAGAAAACACCAUGUCUUCAGUAAUCUUUUUGCAUAAAACACUGAUCAGCGUAUCGGCUCAGAUAAGUGAGUUUAUGACAGAAGGGACCAGCCAGUCAGGCUGAUGUGGCACCGCUUAACAUCUCACAUGUAACGGCAACGCCUGGUAACAUUAUCAUCUCUAUAUGGGUCCACCUGUCAUCGGAAGAAAAAAGGAAAAAACGGGUUCAUCUUAUCUUCACGCAGACUUCGUUAUUGCCUCGCCAGGUCCACCAUCGUUGUUGCCUUGCCCAGGCUCGCCGCUGCCGUUGCCUCGCCAAGGCCCGUCGCCGCCGUUGCCUCGCCCAGGCCCGCCGCCGCCGUGGUCUGCAUCCCACUAGGCUGGAGCGCCACCGUGGUCUGCAUCCCCCUCGGCACCGGUGCGCCCCAAGGUCUGCAUCCCCUUGGGCACCGGCGUGCUCGAGCUCGGCGACGGAGCCGAUGCUCCACCCCCCCCCCCCCACCCCCGACCAGCCACUGACGCUGGAGCUUGCCGACCGCGGGCCGCCGCACCUUCUCAAUGUCGGGAACCGCCUCGCCGCCCUCCAAUUCGUCCAGAUCCCGUCGGGAUCGGGUCAUCCCCGCCGGAUCCACGUUGCGCGCCUCUAUUGCAUCGCCGGAGACCGCCUCGGCGAACCUCCUGCGCCCUGCAACACCUGCACGGCCGCGGUGAGCUGCACCUGCUCGAUAAAAUGACUAAGUGGUCUGACACAGAGAAGAGAGUGUUUCACUGACAAGCGGGUCCCUGUCAAGCAAAACGAUUCGAUGUAACGGUGUGAGAGAUUGGUGCCACGUCAGCCUGUCUGGCGGGCCCCAUCUGUCAUAAUCUCACUUAUCUGAGCCCAAUCCGUCGAUCAGUGCUUUCUGCAAAAAGAUUACCGAAGACACGGUGUUUUCUGUAAAAAAAAUGUAUUGUAGUGGUUUUCGCAAACCUUGCCUUUAAA